AUGCCAAGCGCGAUCGACUCUGGUAUGAGCACUGAAGACCUCUCUUUACCAGCAGUCCAGACCAGGGGUUCGUCGCACUCCUCGACUACCCCCGAACCAGAGAGGGCGACUCACGGCCCAAGGCUGUACUCACAAAGGCGCGUUCCGGUAGCCUUUAGGGACAUAGAGUGCCCCUUUCCCGAAACGACUAGUGUCGAUGGGCCGUACGGCUGCGUCUCAUAUCAACUGCUGGGCAGAGAGCAUAACACGAAAGAGCUUGCGGUUUGUCUACAUGGCCUCAAUGGGUCGAAGAUGCUCUUCUCUGAUCUAGCUCAAGUCCUCUCGAGAAGCCGCAUGGUUCUAACGUAUGAUAUGUAUGGGCACGGGCUCUCCAACGCUCCUCCUGUGGCCCACUGUAUAGGAGCGGGCAAAUACUGCUGCAAACAGCGAGCUGCCUACGACUUGGACUUCUUUGUAGACCAGCUUUAUUUCCUCAUGGAUUACUUAAAACUGAUUGACUGUGGACUAACCAUAAGCCUGAUCGGAUUCAGCUUCGGAGGAGCGGUGGCCAUUAGCUUCGUUGAUAAGUGA